GCAGAUUCAAACCGCUGUUAGCCCCGCCCCCUGACGAGUGCUUAAAUAUGACUGGCGCUCCCGCUACGUCACAUUCUGCUUCCAACAGCCGAUCCUUGCACGUCGGAGAAAACGGAGACAGACAGACUACAAAAUGCGUGAGUGUAUUUCAAUGCAUGUCGGCCAGGCCGGUGCCCAGAUGGGCAAUGCAUGCUGGGAGCUCUACUGCUUGGAGCACGGCAUCCAGCCUGACGGCCAGAUGCCCAGCGGCAAGACCAUCGGCGGCGGGGACGACUCCUUCAACACGUUCUUCAGCGAGACCGGCGCCGGCAAACACGUGCCCAGGGCCAUCUUUGUGGACCUGGAGCCCACCGUGAUCGACGAAGUGCGCACAGGAACGUACCGGCAGCUGUUCCACCCGGAGCAGCUGAUCACGGGCAAAGAGGACGCCGCCAACAACUACGCCCGCGGCCACUACACCGUCGGCAAGGAGAUCAUCGACCUGGUUCUGGACCGGACUCGUAAGCUGGCGGACCAGUGCACCGGGCUCCAGGGCUUCCUCAUCUUCCACUCCUUCGGCGGCGGCACCGGCUCCGGCUUCACCUCCCUGCUCAUGGAGCGCCUCUCCGUCGACUACGGCAAGAAGUCCAAGCUGGAGUUCGCCGUCUACCCGGCGCCGCAGGUGUCCACGGCGGUGGUGGAGCCCUACAACUCCAUCCUGACCACCCACACCACCCUGGAGCACUCGGACUGCGCCUUCAUGGUGGACAACGAGGCCAUCUACGACAUCUGCCGCCGGAACCUGGACAUCGAGCGCCCCACCUACACCAACCUGAACCGGCUCAUCGGCCAGAUCGUGUCCUCCAUCACCGCGUCUCUGCGCUUCGACGGCGCCCUCAACGUGGACCUGACGGAGUUCCAGACCAACCUGGUGCCGUACCCCCGCAUCCACUUCCCCCUGGCCACCUACGCGCCGGUCAUCUCCGCAGAGAAGGCGUACCACGAGCAGCUGACGGUGGCCGACAUCACCAACGCCUGCUUCGAGCCGGCCAAUCAGAUGGUGAAGUGCGACCCCCGCCACGGUAAGUACAUGGCGUGCUGCCUGCUGUACCGCGGCGACGUGGUGCCCAAAGACGUCAACUCGGCCAUCGCCACCAUCAAGACCAAGCGCUCCAUCCAGUUCGUGGACUGGUGUCCCACCGGCUUCAAGGUGGGCAUCAACUACCAGCCCCCCACCGUGGUUCCUGGAGGAGACCUGGCUAAAGUCCAGAGGGCCGUCUGCAUGCUGAGCAACACCACCGCCAUCGCUGAGGCCUGGGCCCGUCUGGACCACAAGUUUGACCUCAUGUACGCCAAGAGGGCCUUCGUCCACUGGUACGUGGGCGAGGGCAUGGAGGAGGGGGAGUUCUCCGAGGCCAGGGAGGACAUGGCCGCCCUGGAGAAGGACUACGAGGAGGUGGGCACCGACAGCGUGGGAGAGGAGGACGAAGGAGAAGAGUACUGAGCGGGUCUGGACCGGUUCUGCUGGCUGACGCUCCCGUUCUGGAGCCGUCUGUUUCUGAAAGCUGCUUUUUUCUUCUUUAAUGCCUUCGAUUAAAAGUUGACAAGUUCUGA